AUGGUGACCGUCAGACUUUUGUUAUCUAUCUAUCUAUCUAUCUGUCUAUCUACUUUUCUCAUACUUGUCAUAUCUAUCUAUCUAUCUAUCUAUCUAUCUAUCUAUCUAUCUAUCUAUUUUUGUCUUACUUUUGUUAUCUAUCUAUCUAUCUAUUUUUCUCAUACUUUACAUAUCUAUCUAUCUAUCUAUCUAUCUAUCUAUCUAUCUAUCUAUCUACUUUUCCCAUACUUGUCAUAUCUAUCUAUCUAUCUAUCUAUCUAUCUAUCUAUCUCUGCCUGUUCAUAUCUAUCUAUCUAUCUAUCUAUCUAUCUAUCUAAGUUUCUGCAUAUCUAUCUAUAUGUCGCAGAUUAUACUACUUACCUAAAUUUCCCCACAUUGGAUCCUAUCUAUCUAUCUAUCUAUCUAUCUAUCUAUCUAUCUAUCUAUCACUGCCUGUUCAUAUCUAUCUACCUAUCUAUCUAUCUAUCUAUCACCGCAUGUUCAUUAUCUAUCUAUCUAUCUAUCUAUCUAUCUAUCUAUCUAUCUAUCUAUCUAUCUCAAUGUCCCUUAUUUCGCGCAGUCUCUUCAUCUCUCUCUCUUUCCACAUGGGAUCAUCAGUUCACUCUGAUGAUCCCAUAUGAUGACAUCUAG